GAGGUACAAAGCACUCAACGAGAAAACGUCAGAUGAGCAAGUCGAUAUUCCUCUUACACGUUAUUUAAUUUAACUCAAUUCAGAAUGUAAAUUGGUGAAUAUCUGCAACAGUCGUCAUCACGUACCAGCAAUGGUAAGCUCUGCCUCAAGUCAUCAACCAGAAUUUGUCAGUCUGAGAUUAGCCUAAACGGUUAUGCCAAGGGUUGUGGUUGAUGCCCCAGGCGGUGCUGUGACGUGUGAGGAAGGGGACGUCGUUCGUGCAAGCAGACAUACCAGCAUGAUGACCGAGAAGAUAAUAACUGUGUCAGAAUUGACAUUAUCGGUGUCAAGCGGCGAUGAUUCAAAACCAGCCGUUCCAGCUAAACAGCUGCCUCAAUACUUUGCCGCACUGUCUGCUACCCUUGGAGCACUGGCAUUCGGUGGAGUCUUGGGAUGGUCGACGUCAGGCGGCGAUUCCGGAGAAAAAUUGGCAGAACAGUACAACAUCACUAUGAGCACCUCGGACUUUUCGUGGAUCGGUUCGGUGACGAAUUUGGGAUCAGCGGCAAUCUGUAUUCCGAUGGGAUUGAUGAUGGACGCUUUCGGCAGAAAGCGCAGCAUGCUGAUACUAGUCGUUCCCUACACCAUUGGAUGGUCACUCGUCAUCUGGGCCAACUCGGUAGCCAUGUUUUGUGUCGGAAGGUUUCUACUCGGCUUCAGUGGAGGCGGAUUCUGCGUUGCGGUGGCAGUUUACACCGCAGAAAUAGGCGAGAAGACGAUCCGAGGAAGGCUAGGCGCGUUUCACGAGUUGAUGCUGACAUCUGGAAUUCUGAUUUCGUACAUUCUCGGCACCCUGAUACCGAUAUACUAUUUAUCGAUGACUUUCGCGGCCGUUCCGCUAAUUUUCUUCGUCGUGUUUUCAUUCAUGCCGGAAAGUCCGACAUACUAUUUGAUGAAGAACCGAGAAGAAGAGGCUAGGGACAGUCUCUUCAGAGUACGAGGCCCUAAAUAUGACGUCGAGCGUGAGCUUAUCACGAGGAAGUUAGUCCUUGCGGAAGAGUUGCAGUACAAAGGUUCAUUUCUUGCAGCAAUGAGGUCGAAAGUAGCAAGAAACGGACUGAUAAUAGCCUAUGGUUUGAUGUUCUUCCAGCAAAUGAGCGGUGUCAAUGCGAUUGUAUUCUAUACUGGAAGUAUUUUUGGUCAGAACGGUGCCAUUUCCACCGAUGCAUCCACGAUCAUUGUUGGAGCUCUACAGGUCGUAUCGACCUUCACCAGUCUGCUCAUAGUUGAUAGGCUGGGCCGUAAGAUUCUGCUUCUCGCAUCGAUAAGUGCAAUGGCGGUCGGCAUGCUCGCUUUGGGUACAUACUAUUACUUGGAGGAGAACGGAGUGGACGUUUCAUCGGUCAACUGGAUCCCGCUUGUAUCUGUUUGCCUCUUCAUCCUCAUGAGCAGUCUCGGUUUCGGGCCAAUUCCAUUCAUGAUGGUAGGUGAGCUAUUCUCACCACAAAUAAAAGGCAUCGCCGGUAGCAGUGCCUGUUCCUUCAACUGGUUGAUGGCUUUUUUGGUAACAAGGACAUUCAACGACCUUGUCGAAGCCUUCGGGAAUUACGCUACCUUUUGGAUGUACAGUGUGAUUUGCGCGUGUGGUGUAUUAUUCGUUAUAUUCAUCGUUCCCGAAACGAAAGGAAAAUCAUUGGAACAAAUUCAACGUGAACUGGGUGCAAAGAUCACCGUCCCGAUCGAUGUAAAGCCUUGAAUUCUCUUGACGGGCGUAUAGUGUACCAGCGAAUCAAGGUGACAAUUUAUUCAUGGCGUUAGUUUAGUCGAUGUUAACGUCGUUAUAACGAAUAAACACACCCGUACUAA